CUCUGACUUGCGUAGCUCAUAUCCCAUAACGCGUGUUAGAUUACCGGGCAUAGACAUCAUUUCAUUUGGGACUGAUCCUCUCGUUUGCGUCGACUUCUCGCUUGACGGCUGCUUCGCUGCUAGAAGGGACAUAGGCGAGACUAGGGAACGACACCAACAAAUCAAAGACGCUUGAAAACACUCAGCUGGCUGUCCGUCAGACCUCAUCAUCACCCUGCGCUGGUUAUCAACUCAUCUUAGUUUCUCGUGAAUUCUCGUAGAGCACAGUCUGUGUCAAGGAAAGGAGGUUAUGUCACGGCGUUGAUGGUGGCCGCUACGUCGACCAAAAUGUUUGUCGGACGUGUGUUCGCGUGUAUUUUGCUGUUAUGCACAAUAUAUCAAGAUAAGGCACAUGGCGUAGCCGACCCAUUUACUCGGUCGUGUCCAGCGCUUCCCCGUUAUACUGGGGGAGAUUUCGUAGCGUUUAGGGCAAAAACAAUUGCACUAAGACCACAAGGUUCUGGACAACUAAGCGCACUAGUGCAAGUUCGCCAAGUUUUAUCCCCAGAGAAUGGAGAGGAAAAAGUGCCGGGUAAUAUAUUGCUUGAGCAAAUUCAACUUGCGUAUUCAUGCGGUCAUCCUCACCGAAUUAGAGAUCUGCGCAUAUGGAUCGCCGAACGAAACGCAAAGGGACAGCUUAUCGGUAAAGCUUCCUUAGCCAACUUGAAGCCUAACGUACAAGAAGCUAUGAAUGCUCUGGUGUCUGUGGGCCGAAACAGUGGAAGUGGCGGCAACAUUGGCAACCCUUCCUCGUGCCUCGUUCAGCCCUGCAAGUACGGCGGGGUAUGCCAGGCAGGGGCCGAUGGGAAGACCAAGUGUGUAUGCUCGGCUGCAUGCACCAGGGAAUAUGCCCCGGUCUGCGGUAGUGAUGGUAACACAUACAACAACCUAUGCCUACUGACGGCAGCAAGGUGCCAAUCACAGACGUUCAUCUACCGGGCGCAUUUCGGGACUUGCGGAUCCACAAGCUGUGCUGAGAUUAAAAGAUCUGGCGUCGGCCGAGUAGAUGGUGACUACCAUCUGUACCUGAACGCCAGCUGUAACAUUCCUGUGCGUGUGUAUUGCCAUGGAAUGAACACUGACUCGCCAAAGGAGUAUAUCACGUUAGUUGCUGGCGAACAGGAAAACUACGCGUACAUCUACGAGAAGAGGCAGCCUCAGAGACCUUACUCUGCACGCUACCAGUGUAACGGCAAGCCAAGUGGACUCACUUACAAAGCCGCCGGAAUGACAAGGUUUCGACGAAUCAGACUUGAUGUGAGCAAGAUGAGGAUAGUGCGAAAUGACUUUGCAUUUUCGCAAACCUCCUUUGGCAAACAGAUCUCAUUCGGGACAGCUGGUGAUUGCUUCUCAAUGCACUACGGGCCAUGUAGACGAGGGCAUUUUAAGAUCAAUCUCUCAGGGACUGGGCUCAGACUUAGCGACUCUGUUAUGUGGACGGUGCGAGGCUUCCCACCAGGAGUUGAGAUGCAGAAUUAUGAGAAGUCCCAGGAUGGUCGGAUUGUUUCUGCUAAAUGCGGGGGUUGGUGUGCGCACUGCAAGCCCAAGGGAGACAUGAAGGUGGAACAAAUGGGCUGCAUGGCCAGGACUAAUCCUUGCCUGUCCAUCACUUGUCCAUUCUACAGUCGAUGCGUGCCUUCCGCUGACGGUUCUGGCCAUAUUUGCGAGUGUCCUCGAUCGUGCCCUAGUGUGAACUACCCCGUGUGUGGUGAUGACGGUCAGACCUACGAUAAUGAGUGCUUGCUACAGCUGGAAUCCUGCUCUCGACGGAGGAGUAUUACCACUGUUAACUACGGCUCCUGCGGCCAGCAACAGCCUGUUCACCUAUUCUUUGCUAUCGACGCGCGAGGGAGUGACGAGCCCGAGAAACUCGUCGAAACUAAGCUGUUCUUAAAGGACCUCGCCAAUCGGUUCCAGUUGCCCGAUGAAGGCAUUACGUAUUCCUUUAUGUACUUCAAGCCUAGUGGACAGGCAACUUUCCAAUCCAAACUUUUCUCUGACCACUCUGAGAUCCCUGCUUACUUGAAUGUGAUGGAAAGCACAAAAGGGAAAGGCUCGCUGGAAAAGUCCCUCAGAGAUGCAGUACCAGGACUUCUUCAACAAAUCCACCAGGAAAAGAGGUUCAUGGACUCCUAUCCAAAGGUUCUUGUCGCUGUUACCGAUGGUGAAAGUGUGGACGACCCAAGGAGCCUGCGCGACAUAGCGAAACCGCUUGAGAGUGCGGGCAUCAAGGUCGUGCCAGUCGUGCUCGGUGAUAGUCAGUCCGUGGGUAAAGUGAGAGGCUUGGCUCCUGGUGACGAGUUUCUGGUUCCAGUGACAUCUAUUAGCCAGUUGAGAAAAAGUGUCAGUUCCACUGUAAAGGCUAUACUUGGAGAUUUGGUUGCGUGUCGUUGGAGGCUUUGCCCGUUCAAUGGCCAAUGCGUACAAGGUGCCGAUAACUACGCCCGCUGCGAAUGCGACCUUCGGCCCGAUCCCGCAUACGAUCCAAUUUGCGGGACCGACGGCAAGACAUACAAUAACGACAAAGAUCUUGAGAGUGCUGCUUGCGCACAACAAACCAGCAUAGUCCGCUGGCAUAAAGGCCCCUGUACUGUCGAGCCCUCGUGCGCGAAUCUACAGUGCAAGUAUUAUUCUUACUGUAUUGUGCGAGAUGGAGGUGCUGUGUGCACGUGCCCUGACCCUGCUGCGUGUCCUCUCGUGAAGUCUCGCGUGUGCGGCACGGAUGGUAUUACUUACGACAACCUGUGCAGACUAAGGGCGGAGUCUUGCCGGCGCUACCAGCCCGUUAACGUGUUGCACUCAGGGUACUGCAUACAGCAACCCAUGGAUUUAGUGUUUGCAUUCGGUGGUGCUGGAGACAUCGACACAAAAACUUUCCAACUUCAAAAAGACUUCAUCAAACAGUUCAUUGAUGCGUACGGGACAUCCCACGCUGGGAUCCGUAUUGGACUUAUCAACUACGGGCGUGGCGUGAUCCUGACGCGCUUCAACAUAUUCGAUGGUACUCAAGUCAACCGUAUAGUAGAUGACGCAGUACUCACCAGGGGAGGGACAGUAGGGAAUGCUCUACGUCGUGCCCAACUCCUCCUGUUCGGUGACCCCCGUAUCGUUCGGCCGAACGCUGUGAAAGGUCUGGUGAUUUUGACAGGGGAAAGUGUCGCUGAAGAUCCCGCAGGCCUGCAAGCUGCAUCAUCACCACUCAGAAACAAGGGCGUGAAGGUGGUGGCUAUUGCAGUAGGCACUAACCCGGAUUUAAGUUCUGUUGGCACAUUCACUUCCGGUGAUGAGUUUACGUUCUCCCUCCCCUCUGCUAACGCGCUGUCUGCUGUUGUGCCGGGAUCUUAUAUGGCAGUGAUGAAAGAUCCGUGCAGUAAAGUGAAGUGCGCGUUUUAUGGCCAGUGCGUGUGGUACUAUGACGGGCGUACGCAAUGUGAGUGCCGGCGGACAUGUCCUCGCAGUGAUCAGCUAGUUUGCGGCAGUGAUGAUCGAGAUUACGCCAACGAGUGCGUGCUGCAGGCUCGCGCCUGUACAUGGAGAGACAGCCUUCUUACUGUACACAAUAAAGGACCUUGUGGAGCGUGUUCCAGACCAAUGGAAGUUGGAAUCCUUCUUGACUCAUCCAUGGGCUGGGAGAACUACCAAGUUGUCAAGCAAUGGCUUGCUAAACUCAUCGGUUACUUCCAUGUCUCUACUAACGAAACCCGCGUCGGCCUGAUCCACUAUAACCAGCAGCCAUAUCUCGAUAUCAAGUUCAGCGACUCUGUCAACUCCCAUGCCGAGAAGGUGAAGCGUAAAGUGUUCAACACUCCGUACAAUCCUGGGUCCAGUGCCGGGUCUAUCAGAACCGACCUCGCCCUUCAAGAAGCUGCGGACAAACUGUUUACCAGCGAGGGAGGUGUCAGGAAAGAUGUAACAAGAGUACUGAUGGUGAUAAUGGCUUCUAGUGCAGACUAUCAGUCAAAGUCAUACAGCGAAGUGAUGAAUCUGUUAAAGGAGAAGCAUGUAACACCGAUGGUGGUUACUGCUGGAGUCAGUUUGUCGACAAGUGAGCUCAACGCCAUCGCUCUCCCCGAUUAUACCCUACGGCUAGCAUCUUUCAGUGACAUGCAUGGCCGCACGAGAGACGUUGCACGGAUGAUUUGUCAGGAAGGUGCUUCCAUGGACCCUCUCAACCUCGCAUUUGCAAUCAACGCUAACGGCAGGUUCGCCUCCGACACCUUCAGACGCAUUACCGAUACCAUUGCGUCCAUUAUCGACACGUAUGGACGCCGUAAGCUGCACUACGGACUCAUUACUUACGGUGAAUCCGCCAAGACGCGCAUCCGCUUCAAAGAUAACUUCCCAAGCGACCAGAAAGUAAAGGAGUUUGUAAAGCUUACAGAUAAGGGUCCUAGUGGUACAAAUCUCGCGAGUGCAUUGGCAGAAGCCAGUCGACUGUUCAAGGGCCCUAAAGUAAAAGGCCGUGACGUACUGGUUGUCAUCACUGACAGCCAAUCAGGAAUGAGUGCUGCGGAUUUGGACAGGGCUAAGGCUGCCCUCCAGGCACAGGGUGUGAGCAUUGUGACAGUGCGAAUGGCAAAAGGGCCGAUACCGGACAUGGACAGGUUGGCUACGGCAAGCGGAAAUAACAUCAGAGAUAGCGCAAAGGAGAGUACACAGGAGCUCGGAGAGCGAAUUAUCAACAUAGCUAGCAAACGCACUAGAGACUCACCGAUGAUAGAUCUUAUGUUUGUCCUGAGUGCAACAUCCAGUACAUUUUCUGCAAACUUACAGCACAUGAAAGACGCCAUUAUUUCCAUCAUUGACACCUACGGCCAUAGCAAAGUUCUGUACAGUGUAGUGGUGUACGGGAGAACCGCCCGCACAGUCAUCCGAUUUCAGGACGUCUUCCCAAACGAGGAUGAGCUAAAGCGACGGGUCUCAGGCAUACAGGCAUUAAGUGGAGGGAGCGACGUAAACGAAGGACUGGAAACAGCCAGCAUGCUGUUUAAAAGCCACGUUAGUCGACCAGAUGCUCACAAGGUUCUUGUUUUGAUGUCUGACAAGGGAUCUACUGUUGAUAACCAAGACGCAGUAGAGCUUACCAAGCAAAUGAGGAGUAAAGGGACUAAAAUUAUAACAGUGGCUCUUGGUAGCGUGGCUAAUAACCGAGAGACUGCUAGCUACGCAACCAAUGAGAGACAUCAGCUGAGCUCCAAGAAAUCCGAGAAUCCGAAGGAACUUGGAGAGAAAAUCAUGCAGCUCGCCAAACAAAAGCUGCCGGAUGACCCUGUUCUUGAUUUGGUAUUUGCCAUCUCAGCAUCAUCGGCCAAAGCCGCAGAAAACUUUGAACUGAUGAAAAGCGCGCUCAGACACAUCGUCACGAUUUACGGUCGUGACAACGCACGCUAUGGCGUCAUCACCUACGGGUCCAGCCCGAAGACCAUUGUUAGGCUUGGUGACGCUUUGCCAACAGGAAAUGCACUGCGUCAGGCAAUCACAGGAGCCCCGAGGACGUUCGGCGCUCCCUCCCUCCAGAGGGCUAUGGCUACCGCUCAGAAGAUGUUCAACAAUUAUGCAAGACCACAAUCUACAAAGGUGCUGGUAGUCAUUGCAGACAGGAAGUCUGGCAGCAACGAGAAGGAUGUCAUUAGGGUAGCCAAGCCCCUAGAAGAUAACGGCAUACGUGUGAUUCCCGUUGCUCUUGGGCGCGAGGCUGAUAAAACGGAACUUCUGAGGUUGACCCAGGAUGCUGACAACCUGCUGGUCGCCUUGGAGACGAUCCAGGGUGAAACCCUUGGUGAUCAGAUAAUGGAGAAAGUACUUUCAGGUCGCCCUAUGCUGCCGUUCUCUGGCCUAGACAUUGCCUUUGCUCUUGGUGCUCAGGACAUGGAUAGCUCUCUCCGGUUAAUGAAGUCUACUGUUCUAUCUGUGAUAGACACUUACGGGAUAAAUAAACUCCAUUAUAGCGUGCUGCCAUUUGGCUCCACCGCAAGUACAGCCGUACGAUUCGGUGAUACCUUCCCAAGCCCCGACGCCCUGAAAAAAGCUGUACAGAGGACGCAAAGAAUCAAUGGGAAACUAGACCUUGUGAGAUUGUUGAAGCAUGCUAAAAAGAUCUUUGAUGCUCCUGAUGUCCGUCCAACCGCCGUCAAGGCGCUAGUCAUCAUGGUUGAUAAGUCUUCUGGGCUGAGUGCGAGCGAGAUCAACACAGCAGCUCUUCCUCUGACAAAAGAGGGAAUCAUCAUUAUCCCUAUAGCCAUAGGAAGCAAAGUUAAUCUUGGGCAGCUUAAUAUCUUGACAGCUGGACCUAUCAUUACUGCGAACACAUCAGGGGACCCGAAAAAGCUUGCAAAUCAAGUUAUUGAAGGAGUUGUUAAGGCUCCGAAGAAAUCACUUCCAGAGACAGACGUGGUGUUCGCCGUCAGCAUGACAGGAUCUGGCGGCCUGUCACGUGUCAAGGACACGGUGAAGUGGAUUGUGGAUCAAUAUGACACGAAAGAGCUUCGCUUCAGUGUAAUCACGUAUGGCACUAGACACGUGGAAUUUGGGGACAUGAGAGAGAAAUUCCCGAGUAAAACAGACUUUAAAAAGUUUAUAGACAAACUGCCAUCUCGUCCAGUGGGUACUCCACUGGUUACAACACUGCAAGAGGGAUAUAACGCAUUCCAGGCCCCUAGUGCACGUCCUGAUGCACGCAAGGUGCUGGUGGUGAUUAUGGAUCAUGAUACUGGCGUCAACACCGAUGAUGUCAUAUUGGCUGCACGAAAGCUGGAAAACAAUGGCGUUAAAGUGGUCCCAGUAGCUAUAGGCAACCAAGUGGAUAAGACCAAGAUUACUAGAAGUACUAACGAUAAAGAAAACGUGAUUGAGUCUGAUGGCAACGAGACUCCUGCAAUCCUUGGUAGGAACAUCAUGGAGAAGGUUAUCAAAGACAACAUACCGAAGAUUGAUCUGGCCUUUGCGGUAAGUGGUUCAGCACGUGAUUCCAGCCGCACACUACAGCUUAUGCGAGACGUCAUCAGGUCCGUAAUUAACCAGUAUGGCACGACAGAGUUGCACUAUAGUCUGAUAACGUUUGGGGCGUCAACCACGGUUGUCUUGGACUUUGGGCGUAUGGAGAAAGAUAGUAAAAACCUGCAGAUGUUAGUUGACAAGCUGCCCCCAAGUGACGGCAAUCCAGCCCUGGAUAAAGUUCUGGAGAGUGGUCGACAAUUGUUCAAGUCUGCGGGGGCCAGACCUGACGCCAAGAAAGUAUUAGUAGUAAUGGUGGACGAGAAGUCCCCAACAGCCCCCAGCGAGAUUCGCCGUGCUGCUAAACCGCUUAUGGAAGACCACAUAAUCGUUAUCCCCGUCGCUAUUGGCAACGACACGGACACGACCGGACUUGGUUACAUAACCAGUAUCCCAGGGAGUGUCAUAGUACCUAGCAAGGAUCAGGACCCACAUGCUCUUGCCCAGGAAAUCGUUAAAAAAGCCAUUGAAAAGAAACCGCUGUCCCGAGGAGUCGAUCUCUUGUUUGUCAUCAACGCCGGCUCAACUGAUACCAGAAGCACUUUCCAGCUGAUGAAAGACUCUAUCCAGUCUAUCAUCGAGCGCUAUGGCACUAGCACUUUACACUACGGCUUGAUAGUCUACGGGGCUAAAGCCUCAACCGAGUUCAGCUUUGCUGAUAAAUUACAGGAGAAGAAUCGCCUGCUUUCUCUGAUGGGCUCUGUGCGACGACAGAGCGGUUCCCCUGCUCUAGAAACAGCUUUAGCCGAGGCUGCAAAGGUGCUGGACAGAGGCAGGCCCAACACAAGGAAGGUCGUAGUUUUAAUGUCGGAUAAGGGCUCUGGCUGGAGCAAGUCUUUUAUCCAGGGCAUUAUCCAGCCACUCGAAACCCGAUACGUAGAUGUCAUACCCGUUGCUGUUGGUAACGAGGGGAGUGAGGAUGAGUUGCUUCUACUGACGCCGAAUAAAAAUGAUCUCGUAACAGUUUCGAAGAAAGAAGAUCCGAUAAGGCUUGGCGAUAAGAUUAUGGGGAAAAUCUACCCAGAAAUCGAAGCAAUUCCUGAGAUAGACUUAGUCUUCGCGAUUAGUGCAUCGGCUAGUGAUCCUGACACCACGCUUGCGCUGAUGAAGAAAACCGCUCAGCAUAUCGUGGACACGUAUGGUACGUCCAAGAUCCGCUAUAGCUUGGUCAUCUUCGGGUCACAGACUUCAACUCAACUCAGCUUCGACAGAAAAAUGCCCGACAGAGAUUCUCUGAGUUCAAUGAUAGCUGGAAUGCCACGCAUCCCUGGACGUCCAGCAAUCGACCAGGCGUUCCUCGAAGCCGACAAACUUUUUCAGCUUCAAGGCACACGUCCCAAUGCUCGCAAGGUAGUAGUUAUGAUGGUUGACCAACGUUCCGCCGCUACUGACGAUGAUCUCAGGCGCUCUUCGAGGCGCCUCCAUCAGCGCAAGGUUGAUGUUAUCCCUGUGGCGAUUGGUAGCGAGUCAGACCCUGAUCAACUUUUACACACAACCUCAGACAACACCAACCUGAUAAAGGCUGCCAAGAGCGAGUUACCGAACUCGCUAGCCAAUCAAAUUAUGCAGAAGAUAGUCCAAGGACGAAAGGUUCCAGAGCUAGAUCUCGCUGUGGCUGUAUCAGCAACUGCCACUGACGCCGACACCACCUUCAUGCUUGCCAAGAAUGCCUUGAAGUCCAUCAUGGAUCGAUACGGCGUUGGGGCUAUUAGACUAAGUUUUAUCGUCUACUCCGAUAUGGCCUUGAAAAAGUUUACGUUUCAGGAUAAGUACGACGAGGAAGAACUGAAAAGGUCGAUAGAGUCGGCAAUGCGCAUGGACGGUGGCUCAGCCCUCGAUAAGGCACUAGAGGCAGGUAGUGAGGUACUUCAAGGACCUGGUGCAAGGGAAAAUGCUCACAAGGUCCUCGUACUUAUUACCGAUAUGACCUCCGGUUUGUCCGAUGCCGAGAUAGAGGCGGCUGCCAAACCUCUACAGCAAAAGCAAAUCGCCGUCGUACCUAUCGCAGUUGGCAAUGACGUGACAACCAGGGAAUUGGAAAAGACCACCCCUUACCGAGAGAAUGUGAUGACAGCGUACCGAGCAGAAAAUCCUGAGGUUCUUGGUGCUAAGAUCAUAGAUAAAAUCUUACAAGCGAUCAGACGAGUGCCAAAGAUGGACAUUGUCUUCGCGAUGAGUGCUACCUCGGCCCAGUCAGACCAGAUGUUCUCUCUGAUGAAAAACUCAAUAAAAUCCAUCAUCGACAUGCAUGGUACCACUGAUAUCCACUAUAGCGUAAUCCUAUACGGCGACACCGCCACCAUAAAGAGAGACUUCGGGGCCAGCGUGCCGUCAGAAGAAGACCUUCAGAGGUCAAUAGACGCCAUGCAGCCCCUUCUGGGCAGGGCCCUUGUCGACAAGGCGCUGCAGCUAGCACAGCAGGUAUUCGAAGGUGAAGGAGUGCGACCAAACGCUAGCAAAAUUCUAGUUGUGAUGAUGGAUAUGUCGUCUCCUUUGUCGGUGGCAUACUUAAAGGCCAAGACCCGACUGCUAAAGGAUAGUGGAGUAAGGAUUAUAGCCGUGGCAGCGGGCCAAGCUGUGGACGCUAAUAAACUUGAGCAAGUGCUGCCCAAGGGUGGUGUGAUAUCAGCACCUGAAGGCACUAGCCCUGGGAACCUCUCGAAGAGUAUUAUGGAUACGAUUCUAAAAGCCCCCAAGAAACCAGAGAUCAACUUGAUGUUUAUGGUAUCCGCGACCUCUCAGCGUGCAUCGCAAAUCUACACACUGAUGAAAGACACCAUGAAAAGAGUGAUUGACAAGUAUGGAACACGUGACCAAGUACAUUACAGCGUCAUCGUGUACGGGUCAUCGCCCACUACCGAAAUCACCUUUCAGGAUAGCAGUGUCAGUCCAGUUGCGUUGAAGUCGGACAUCGAUGCCCUACCACGUGACUCCAGUGGAUCAGCUAUUACACGCACUCUGGAUGAAGCGUUGAAACAGUUCGCUACUUAUGACGGAGUCCGACCAGAGGCGAGCAAGGUCCUGGUGAUAAUAACUGAUAAACGAUCAGGAGCCAGCGAAAGUGAGAUCCGUUCGAAGGCGAAGCCCCUACUGGAUAAGAAUAUAAAAAUAAUUCCUGUAGCGGUGGGCGGCGAGGUGGACAAGAGGGAGCUGGAGGCGAUAACCCCAAAUAAUGAUGACAUUAUAGUUGUUCCUCCAGAGGAGAAGGCAACAGCACUGGCAACGAAAAUCAUGAAUAAAGCCCUAACGCCCAUGAAGGUCGUACUACCGGAGUUAGACCUCGUAUUCGCUAUUUCCGCUUCUUCCCGCGAAGCCUCAAUAGCUUACAAGCUUAUGAAAGCGACGCUGAUCUCUAUACUGGACCAGUAUGGGCGAGGGAAUUUCCGCUAUGGCGUUAUAACCUACAGUAACUACGCUACAAGACGGAAAGGCUUCGGAGAUAAUUACCCAAACAUUGAAGACGUCAAAACACUUAUCCGUUACCUUCCUCCGAAUACACGUGGCUCAGCCAUCAACCGGGCGCUGUCCGCUGCUGACGCCAUGUUCCGUGGCCCGUUUGUCCGACCUACUGCUGACAAGAUUCUGGUUUUGAUAACGGAUAACGCCUCUGGCAUGACAGUGGAGGAAAUCCGGGCUGCAUCAAAACCUUUGACGGAUAACAAGGUAAAGAUAAUCGGUGUUGCUAUGGGCAACCAGGCCUCUGUUCCAGACCUCCAAGCGGCUUCAGGGAAUCCGGAUAACGUCAUGCAAGCGAAGUUGUCGUCGAAACCGAACAAGCUUGGCAACAAGAUAAUGCAAAAAGUUCUCGAACGGGAACCUUCGAUUGCUGAAAUUGACCUUGCAUUUGCCCUAAGCGCCACAUCAGCACCGCAACACUUUCAAGUGAUGAAGGACACUGUUAAAUCUAUAAUCGAAAAAUACGGUAUCGAUAGAAUACACCUCAGCUUGAUCGUAUAUGGAGACCUUCCAUACACGCGGGUCUCUUUCGGGCAAGAUAUUCCUGACGCAAGAACACUCAAGAAUCUCGUGGAAGCGCUCUCGCGCGUGUCUGGUGGCUCCGACCUUGGUAAGGCCUUGGCAGAGGCCACCAAGGUAUUCAGGAAUGAUGAUGUGAGGCCUAACGCUAAAAAGGUCCUUGUAGUUAUCACAGACAGUAAAUCAAGCUACGGGGUUGCUAGUCUUGUUAAGGCCGCUGAGCCACUAGAGCACGCCGGUAUCCGAGUACUCGCUGUUGCCAUAGGAGCAGAUGCGGACGCUUCCGAGCUGCGAUCGAUUGUCCAACACCAAGGUGACGUCAUCAAGGCGUCUUCUUCGGAGGACCCAUCAGGCCUAGCCGACAGGCUUGUGUCUGCCAUGCUAAAAGAAACUCGAAAGAUCCCCAAGGUCGACCUGGGCUUUGCAGUAAGCGCGGGUUCCAGCAACUCGGACGCCACUUUACGUCACAUGAAGGAUAUCAUUAAGAGUAUAGUGACCCGCUACGGGGCCGAGAGGAUGCGAUAUGGGCUAAUGUCCUAUGGCGAUGACGUAACCACCACGAUAUUCUUCACGGACGGAAUCACUAACCCGAACUCGCUGCUGCCUUUCAUUGACAUCCUGCAAAAGACGCCGUCUGGAUCUUCGCUGGAGAAGGCUCUUGUCGGUGGUAAGAAGCUGUUCGAGCAUGGCGGGACACGCCCUGGCAUUGACAAAUUCUUGGUGGUGAUCACUGAUAGGAAGUCAACAGGCGAUGCAGCGCAGACUGAGAAUGCGAAGGCUGACCUUGCUAAAGCUGGGGUCAACGUGCUGGUCAUUGCUGUCGGUAGUGAAGUUGAUCACAAAGAGCUGAACGAGACGGCCACUACUCCUUCACAUAAGCUGGUCACAGCCCCUGGGGAGAGUCCCGCAGAGGUAGCAGACAGAGUGGUGGACAUCAUCAACAAAGAUGAGCUGGACUUUACUGCAGUAGAUCUCGGAUUCGCCAUCAGCUCUUCAGAUGUCAAAGAAACCUUCAAAUUGAUGAAGGAAUCCAUCAAAUCAAUCAUUAACACGUAUGGGCGGGACAACAUUCGAUACGCGGUGAUGGUGUUCGGUUCUAGCACUAGAGUGGUUCUAAGGUUUGGCGAGGCGCUGCCAAGCCUAGAGAUAUUGAAGAUGAAGAUUGACGGCGUCGGGCCAAUACCUGGCGAUCCCAACUUGAAGACCGCUCUUGAGGAUGCGAAGCGCAUGUUCGAGUCGCGAGGUGCUAGACCAAAGGCCAAGAAGUUUCUUGUCUUAAUGAUGGACAGACGCGCACAGCAACCUGGGAGCGCUGUCAACCGCGCAGCUGGUGACCUCGAGCGCUCUGGUAUCCGCGUGAUACCCGUCAGCGUGGGAAAGAGAGUGGCGCCUGUUGACAUGGAAAGCACUACACCCUUUAGGGAUAACAUCAUUAGCGUACCCGAUUCCGAGAGCCCUGCUGGCCUUGGCAAGAAGAUCACCGAUAAGAUCAAGCAAAAUAUUGGUGUACCUAAGAUUCCGGAUGUGCAGCUGGUUUUUGCCUUAAGCGCAGUGGCUGCCGAGUCAGAAGAGAACUUUAAUCACAUGAAGUCCGUGGUGAACGCAGUCAUCAGCAAGUACACGUUGCACUGGAUCAAAUUCGGUCUCAUCACCUUCGGAUCUAAGGUGACGGUCUGGGAAAACAUGAAGGGGAUCUACCCCACGGAAGCCGUGCUGAGAAAGUUUGUGAACAACAUGCCAAAACCUAGCGGAAGACCUGCUAUUGAUAAGGUUCUGACAUCGGCUGCAAAGCUCUUCAAAUCGCAGACACCUAGCGAGCCCAGCACGAAAAAGGCCCUCGUCAUCCUCAUCGACAAAAAGUCCGGCACCACACCAGCUGACAUCAUCAAAGCUGCGACGCCUCUAGAGCAGGACAAGGUCAAGGUCGUGGCAGUUGCUAUUGGCAACGAAGCUGAUGUCUCGGAGCUUGGCAAUGUGUCCCCAGAGAAGGGAAGUACAAUCAAAGGGGAUAAAGGCGUAAACCCGGAUGACCUGGCUGACAAGAUCAUGAACAAGGUUUUCAACAAGUAUGCCGGUGUCUCUCCCUUGGACCUCGUGUUUGCAAUAUCCGCAGCAGGCGUCGAUGACACACUCGACCAAAUGAAGAAAACUAUCGAGUCGACUAUCGACACGUUCGGCUCCAAAAGGAUAAACUACGCCAUUAUCACGUUCAACCGCCGUUCACAAGUAGCGCUUGAUUUUGACCAGAAUAAAGGCCUUCGUAAUGAUGACGCUCUCAAACGCUUGGUAGCGAGUGUGUCCCAGGAGGAUGGGCAGCCUGUGCUCAGCCAAGCCAUGGAUGAGGCAGACCGAAUUUUUGAUGGACCAACGGCUCGACCUGAGGCACACAAGGUGCUAGUGGUUAUGAUCGACAAGAAAUCGUCCUCAAGUCUUGAAGAUGUAAAACAAAAAGGCCACGCUCUUGAGGAAAAGGGGGUAAAAGUUAUUCCUGUGGCCAUAGGUGACGAGGUUCACCCUGGAGAGUUAGCUGCCCUUACUCCCUACCCUGAAGACAUCGUAACCGUCGCCAAGCCAUUCUACCCACCUCGACUCGUGGACACGCUCAUACGGAAAGCACAGCAAAUUCGGCCUAGUACGCCACAGAUAGAUCUGGCCUUUGCCCUUAACAGUGAUGGUCCGCGUGCGGUAGAAACCUUUGAAUAUAUGAAGGACGUCAUCAAGUCAGUCAUCAACAAGUACGGCGCGUACAAGUUGCGAUAUGCCCUUAUCACCUAUGGCAAUAGUGCUGCUGAGCGUAUAUCCUUUGAUGAUCAAAUAUCAAACACCACGGCACUUAAACAUAUGUUGAACCAGACAGAGAGAAGUCGGGGAGGCUCCAACAUAGGGGUCGCAAUCGCCGCGCUCAAGCAACUCUUUGCCAGCGAUGCAGUUCGGUCAAAUGCUCGUAAAGUCUUAGUGAUAAUGACAGAUAGUCAAGCGACAGGAGACCUGAAUGCUGCAAAAGCGGCUGCAAAAGAACUGGAGAACGAUGGCAUAAAGGUAAUCACACUAGCUUUAGGUCCGAAUGCAUACUUGGAUGUCGCACCCAAGAAGAAGUACUCUGUUACAGCCACAACCAAGGAAGAGCCGGGGAGUGUAGCGAACACCAUCAUGGAUAAAGCUAAGCAAGACCCGAUGAAGGACAAAGUGCUGGAUCUAGGGUUUGCUAUAAGUGCGACAUCAGCUGAUGGCGCCUCGUUACACCAAGUCAUGUUGGACGCUAUAAAGACCAUGGUUCGUGCUUACGGCACAGAGAACGCCCGCUAUAGUAUCAUGACCUUUGGGGAACGGCCAUCUGAAGCAGUCAGGUUCCGAGAGUCCUUUCCCAAUCCAGCCGCUCUAGAGCAGAAAUUGAACUCUGUUUCUCGACCACAAGGGAUACCAGAUCUCAAGGUUGCUCUAGGUGAAGCCAGUAAAGCAUUCAGGGAUUCUCGUCCGAAUGCGCGUAAAAUCCUAGUAGUGAUAGUAGAUAACAAGUCUGGUAGCAUCGUGAGUGAUGUUCGCCAAGCUGCCAGGUCCCUGGACGCAAAUGGUAUUGAGGUUAUUCCUGUUGCCAUCGGCCCCUACGCGAAUCCUUCAGAGCUGGAGCAGACCACGCCCUUAAAGAGUAACCUUCUACAAGUAUCCGCCAAGACAAAACCAGGACAACUGGCAGACACGGUUAUGGACAAGAUUGAAAAGAGAAUCAAUCCAGAACGCAUUCCCGAAGCAGACAUUAUCUUUGCUCUUGGUGCUUACAACCUUAAUAACUACCCACCCAUGAAAGAUGUCAUCAAGUCAAUGAUUGACAAGUAUUCCAUGGGCAAGAUCAGAUACUCAGUAGUCACUUACGGCGCGUCUGCUGUCGAGAAACUAGCAUUCAGAGACGUCUUCGACAGCGACGACGACCUUAAACUUUUUAUUGAGACGAUUCUCCCGGUCAGGGGCGGACCUAAUUUGGCAGCUGCUCUGGAAGAAGCAUCGAUGAUUUUCAAAAAAGACACCAAACGUCCAAAUGCUAAAAAGAUCUUGGUCAUCAUAAGUGACAAGAAGUCAAGUAAUUCCCCCGCGGAGAUUGAACGCUCUGCCAUUCAACUUGAAAAGUCCAAAAUAAAAGUUAUAUCUCUUGCCAUCGGGAACGACGCCAGCGUGGCCGAACUUGAAAAGACGACGCCAGAGACUGGAAACGUCGUCAAGGCAUCCAAUGGCGAGAUGCCCGAGGACUUAAGGGACAGGAUCACCGCUGUAGCAUUCAAAGAUAAGCUAUUUAUACCCAAUAUUGACCUUGGCUUCGCCCUGACGGCCGACUCUCUGUCCGCCGACUCCACCUUUAGACUGAUGAAAGACACCGUGAAGGCGCUCUUGGAAAUGUAUGGCAGAAAAAGGCUUCACUAUGCCAUCGUUGUGUUCGGAGACACCCCAACCACUCGGAUAAACUUCGGCAGCGUGUUUCCGACAGACGCCGAUUUAAAAGCGAUGAUCGAGCUUAUACCCCGUCCUAGAGGUCGGCCUGAUCUGGUGGACGGCCUUAAAGAAGCCACUGGGCUCUUCUUGCGCCAAGGAACCAGAGCUAAUGCUAGGAAGGUAUUGGUCGUUAUGUCAGACCGGAUGUCGAUGAAUAGCGUUGAUGAUGUAUCGCGAAGGGCAAGGGUCCUGCAUGGCCGUGAUAUCCGAGUCAUUCCUGUUGCUGUUGGUAACCAAGCAUACCCUACCGAGCUAGAGAAGUUGACGAGAAUGAAAGAUAAUUUGAUCAAGGCCAAGACAAGCGAAGACCCGUCCCGGCUCGGAAAGGCAAUCAUAGAAAAGGCUAUAAAAGAAUACGUCCCUGUACCAAAAAUGGACAUCGCGUUUGCAAUAAGUGCCAAUGCUACCUCCUCUGAAGACCGUCUUGGGUUCAUUAGGCAAAUUGUAUCUAGCAUUAUCAUGAGAUACGGUACGAGUAAAAUUAACUACGGACUUGUCACGUACGGAGACAGUCCAACCACCAGGAUCAACUUUGGUGACAGCGAACAGAACUCGGAUAUGCUUCAACGAGUCGUUGACACUCUUCCGCAUAGCUCUGGUGGUUCAAACCUAGAGAAAGCACUAUCUACGGUAGGACUUAUGUUCGAGAGUGCGCGUGCUGACGCUCGUAAAGUGCUGGUGAUCAUCACAGACCGUCCUUCUACUAGCCAGGCGGACGCCGAGGCAAAGGCGGCCGAGACGCUAAGGAACAAGAAUGUUGAAAUAAUAGCGGUUGCAGUAGGAGCAGAAGUUCAGCCUGGCAAACUGAGGCCGCUACUGCCUCAUGGGAGGAACCUGAUCAACGCCACAACGGACGAGCGGCCUGACAAGAAGGCAGAAGAAAUUAUCAAACAGGCUGCAAAAGACCCUCUGGAAGAUAACAAAGUCGACGUAGGGUUUGCUAUAAGUGCGACAUCAAAAAACGCAGACUCUACAUUCAAGCUUAUGAAAGACGCUUUGAUAACCAUAUUUGAUAAAUACCACCCUGACAAGAUCCGAUACAGUGUGGCCGUGUUUGGAUCGAGAGUGCAGAAGAUUACGUCAUUUGACGAUGCACUGCCUAGUGUAGAUGAGCUAAAACGAAGCGUUGAACAGGCCGCUCGACUUGACGGUGACCCAGCGUUGGACAAAGUCCUAAAAGACUUCCUGGAAAUCUUCAAAGGUCCAAGGGCACGAAGGGAUGCUAGGAAGGUCCUGGUCUUGAUCACCGACAAAGAUUCGGGCCUCCGCAAGAAGGAUAUCAUCGAAAAUUCGAAGCCGCUAAAUGACUUGGGAGUUGUAAUUAUACCUGUUGGAGUGGGCGAUGAAGUUAAAAAGGAUUUCUUAGAAACCACAACUCCACUUAAAAAAAAUGUCAUCCACAUACCGAGAACGGAAUCCAAAGAAGACCUGGCCAGUAGGAUUACAGACAAGAUAAAGAAUGGUUUGUACCAGGAACAUGUACCUGAGGUUGACCUCGUGUUUGCAAUGAGCGCUGCGACAGCUGACGCCGACGUUAACUUCAUGCACAUGAAGGAUGUACUGCUGUCAAUCAUUGACAAAUACUCCAUGGGAAAGAUUCGCUACAGCGUUCUCUCGUACGGGGCAAGCCAAGAGGUCUGGACCAGGCUUAACGAUGAUUUCCCUGACAGUCAGUUAAAAAGUGUUAUCAACAGUAUCAGCAGACCAUUCGGAGAGCCAUCCCUUCACAAGGUUAUGGACAGAGUGAGAAAUCUCUUCACUUCUGGACAGCCUCGCGCUCUCGCCAAGAAGGUACUGGUACUCUUUACAGACAAGAGGUCUUCUAGCAACCCCGACGAUGUCGUCAAUUCCGCUAAGGCUCUUGCCGAUGCUGGUGUCCACGUUAUCGCUAUUGGCCUCGGGAGCGAGGCUAGCCGUCCAGAACUCUCAGUCUCUACCCCCGAUGCAGGUGACGUCAUGACCUUGACAAGGGAUGAGAGGCCAGAGGAUAUCUGCGACAGGAUCUUUGACAGGAUCAGAUCACGUAAGCCAGUGGUUCCUCAGCUCGACCUGGUGUUCGCUGUCAGUGCAACGGCUCCUAACGCUGACGAUACGUUCGCGAGGAUGAAGAGGAUGAUCGGAGGCAUUAUCACCAAAUAUGGCCGCAAGUAUAUCCGCUACGGUUUAAUAGUAUUCGGUAACUCUGCACAGACGGUCAUCUCUCUCAGAAAUAACUAUCCAGACGAGGAAAGCUUGAAAAAGGCGCUGUCAAUCUCAAGUCGCAUGUCUGGGAUUCCAGAUGUAGUCGAGGCUUUAAAGACAGCAAAGUCGAUGUUUGAGAUUGAUAAAGGUAAUGGCCGUGCGAAGAUCCUUGUGAUCCUUGUCGAUAAGCGCUCAGAUAACUCACUUGACGAUAUCAAGGAACAGGCAUCUUUUCUGAUAAGGUCUGGAGUAAAGGUUGUGCCAGUGGCUGUGGGUUCUCUUGCUGAUGCUGGUGAACUUGCUGGUAGUACAGACAGUAAAGACAAGGUUAUUACAAAAACCAAUAUGGACGAUCCAGACGCUCUUGGGGGUGAAGUGAUGAAUAAAGCUUUGAAGGCAAUAAAGGAAACGCCGGAUGUUGAUGUUCUCUUCGCCUUAUCGACAAGUGCGAUUGGCGCCCCUCAGACAUUCAAGCUGGUCCAAGAUACCAUAAAGUACAUCGUAGAUACAUACGGAACCAGCAAGAUUCAUUACGCGGUCCUAGUAUUCGGGGCUGCUCCAAAGAGAUCUAUUCUCUUCACAGAUAUUAUGGUGACUCCUGAAGCUAUGAAACGAUUAAUUGAUGGCCUUCAGAUUGAGCAAGGCUCACCUUCCCUAGGGGCGGCCCUACGCGAGGCACGUGAUAUGUUCAAGAUGGACGGAGUGCGUCCACAUGCCCGUCAUGUGCUGGUUGUAAUAACAGAUUCAAGCUCGGGUUUGACAGAUCAGGACAUCUCCUCUGCAGCUAGACCCCUGCAUCUAAACGAAAUCCGGCUCAUCCCCGUUGGUCUGGGUGGAUUGAUAGGCAAGAAGGAACUAGAGUCAAUGACGCCCGUCAAGGCUGAUGUUAUCCAUGUGGCCAAAGAUACGGAACCUAGAUAUCUUGGAAAAGAGAUCAUGAGCAGAGUAGUGCAAGCCUUGAUUCCCAAGCGACAAAUGGACAUUGCGAUUGCAAUUGGAAGUGGUGGUCCGAAUGGCGAUGCAACGUUUACUCAAGCUAAAGAGAUUACCAAAAAACUACUUGCAAGGAAUCCUUUAGGAGCAGCUAGAUACGGUCUCAUAGUUUUCGGAGACGCAGCAUUCACGGAGACGACAUUCAGUCGUGAAUUCCCGAGUCAGGACGACUUUCUUGCGCUUGUCGACGCGAUGCCUCGCCGUUCUGGAGGCUCCGCUCUAGGUAAUGCCCUUGAGAAUGCAAGAACAAUGUUCCACACAGAGGCCAGACCGAACGCCGAGAAAGUGCUCAUAAUAUUCAUCGACCAGAGGCCGUCAGAUGACGUUGGAGUUGCAAUUAACAGCUCGAUAGCGUUGGAUAAGCUCGGCGUCCGUGUGAUAGUAGUAGCCAUGCAGAUGCCUAACGUCCCAGUGGAGAUUGAACAAGUAGCACCGGACAGGGGAAGUAUUAUCAGGGCCAACAACAAUGACAAGCCACAAGCAAUCGCUGACAAAAUCCUCAACCUCUCGAAAAAAGAUGUGAAACGCAUUCCAAGUAUUGACAUGGUCAUUGCGAUAAGCGCCACUGUAGCAAGACCCGACAGAACAUUCAAAUCAAUGAAAAACACUAUCAGGUCUAUAAUCGACCAGUACGGCAUAGCAAAGAUCCAUUAUAGUGUUAUCGUCUUUGGCGAUAGACCUGUGACAAAAAUAACAUUCCAAGAUCGUCUGAGUCCUUCCGACCUGAAGAGUUAUAUUCGUACAUUCGCGCGUGUCAAUGGAGGUCCUUCUAUAUCUAAGGCACUGCAGCAAGCAAGGUAUGAAUGGGAACAGGAUGCUCGCCCUGAUGCCCACCGAGUGGUUGUCAUUAUAGUCGAUAAUAAGUCGGUAGGAGACUCGGGAAAUAUCAAGAAGCUUCGGGCUGCAAAAGAGAUGGAGAAAGAUGGUGUUAUCGUUAUUCCGGUGGGUUUGGGACGAGACUUUGACGAGAAUGAGUUGCAUCUGAUCACACCAUAUAAGGAAAAUUCCAUAGCCCGAGUCACAUUGCCGGAUCCAAGACAGCUAGCGAGAGACAUCAUGGACAAGAGUCUGAUGGCUAUCAGCAAGCCCCUUGUCAAGCCCAUGGAUGUGCUGUUUGCCGUAAGCUCGUCUUCACCUCAGAACCUUCUGAAAGCCAAAGAGUUAAUUAAGCGUAUGAUUGAUACUUAUGGCAUGGACAAGCUCAAGAUUAGUUAUAUCGGCUUCGGAGACAAAACAACGAGCCCAAUUUCAUUUAAAGACAAAUUUCCGAGUGCCGAGGAUCUGAAGAGUCGAAUAGACGUCAUUAGUUUAGUCCCAGGACGCCCUAAUGUACUGGAGGCCCUUGAUAAAGCAAGAAAUGAGUUUGAGACGGGGGGCCGUUCAAAUGCCAAGAAGAUAUUGGUAAUCGUCGUAGACAAGAGGUCGCCAAAUACUAAUGAACAGAUUAAAGACGCCGUUACUCCCCUAGCUGAUCGAGACGUCAAGGUUAUUGUUGUGACUGUUGGUGAAGAUGCGGACCCCCAGCAGGGUACAUCUCUCACAGGUGAUAUAAGUGCUGUCAUCAAGGCAGACAACAGCAGCGAGCCAGAUCAGCUGGUACAGAAGAUUGUCAAAGAAGGCAGCAAAGAGGUAUCUCCAGUCCGUGAUGCUGACAUUGUUUUCGCCCUGAGUGCCACGGGUCAGCAGCGCGACCAGUCCUUCAGAAUGCUGCAGGAAGCUGUCAAAGGGCUUGUCGCGCGGUACGGAAUAGGAAGCGUGCGUUAUGGCGUCAUCGUGUUUGGAAACACGGUAUCUACUGCAGUUGACUUUGGCGAUCAGUUUAACUCAGCCUCGGACCUCAUGAAGGCCAUCUCAAAUCUUGAGCGCAAGGACGGCGGGCCACGUCUGGGCCUGGCACUUGAUCGAGCCAAGAGGCAGUUUUCUAACACCAAUCGAAAAGGUGCCAAAAAGAUUCUUAUUUUUACGCUGGACCAGAAACCGACGACUGAUGAAGCAUCAAUUAGAUCAAAGAGCGACGAGUUGAAUAGUAUGGGAGUUAAGAUCAUUCCCUUGCUUGUCGGAAGCGAAAUUGGCCCUCAGGACGUCAAACCUGUUAGUGGUGAUACAAAGAACAUCGAAGUGUCGGUUACAGACCCACCUGAUCACGUUACCGAUAAACUGUACAAACAGAUUGGCGAAGCAGUCAAGGAAGAAUCCCAGCCAAAGCCUUCUCUGGACAUCGGUUUCGCCAUUAGUGCUUCCUCAGCGGAUUCCGAUGCCAACUUCGCAAAAAUGAAAAAUAUCAUUAAAGCUGUCCUUGACAUCUACGGCACGGAAGGCGUCCAUUACACUAUAGUCACCUUCGGACAAACUGCAAAGACUGUGGUACAGAACAGCAAGGGUGCAGAGCUAAGGGCGGGUCUACCGACACUUGCUACAGAGCUAAAGCGAUUGAUCGACAGAAUCACCAAAAAUCCUGAAGGGACCUCAAUAGUCAGUGCACUAAAUAGGAUAAAACAAAGUUUUAAGGAGGCAACGUCAUCGAGGCCGAACACCAAGAAAACCCUGAUCAUCAUGACGGAUAGCAACCACGAGGAUGGCGUGGAUGACGUCAUCAUUGCCAUGGAAGGCGUUGAGGAUGAUGGGAUACAGGUGCUCUAUGUCGGUGUGGACGAUAGCGUUGAUCUUGAGGAGCUGAAGAUCGUCGCCCCUGACGACAAUCACGUGAUAUCUGCUGACGGUCGCACACCUGGGGAUGUGGCGGAGCAGAUCGCACGUCGUAUCAACGCCACCAGAAACAUCCCCAAAAGCGACAUCGCGUUAUGUAUCAGUCCUCCAUCAUCCGGUUCAGACAAAGAUUAUAGCAGGAUACGAGACAUGCUAAAGAACCUUAUGAACCAAAAGGGCAGCGAAAACCUCCGCUAUACUGGAGUCAUCAUGGAAGCAAACCCCAAAGUGUUCACCAUGAGGCGAGGACCGGGCGGCUGGAAUAUCGACGAGCUGGUAGCUUCUCUUCGUAGAGCGUCCGGUAGACCUGACAUAGUCAAGACCUUGACCAUGGCUAGGCGGAGUCUUGAAAACGGCAGAGCAGGCGCGAAGAAAGUCAUGGUGAUCUUGACCAAUCAACAGUCAAGCAACCUCCCAAGCGAGCUCAAGGCGGCUGCUAUUCCACUUGACCGUGCAGAAAUAAGAAUUAUUACUGUCCCACUUGGUCCCGAUGCAAACACUAAUGAGUUGGCCAAGAUAACGCCCGUAAAGAAAGAUCUUCUACGUGUGAGCCCUGGAGCCUCUACAGAACAAAUUGCGACAGCUGUGAGAAAUGCUUUACGCAGAGACAGACUCCGUGUUCCUAAGCUCCAACUCGCAAUAGCUAUCAGCGCAGGGGCUAUCAAAGCGGUUGAGAACUUCCAGAAAAUGAAAGAGGUGGUCAAGUCCAUUGUUAGCCGAUAUGGAUCGUUUAACAUUAGCUAUAGUGUAGUGGCGAUGGGCAGUGACCCCGCUGUCCAAAUAGCUUUCAGCAAGACCUUCCCAGAUGAUGAUGCGCUCAUGAGGGCUAUCGACGGGGUUCAGUGGACUUUCGGGUACUCUCUUGCAAAGGGCCUCCGAGAAUUGAAGAGCGUGUUUGCAUCUGAAGGGCAGGAAACUAGAAAGGUUGCUGUUGUAAUAAUGGAUCGAAGGUCGAGUAGUAGCGUAUCAGAGGUGAAGCGAGCGGCCCUUGAUCUGGAAGUAGCGGGUAUAAAAGUAAUCCCCGUCGCAUUCGAAGGUUAUUCCGAUAAGUCUGAGCUGGGCAAAACCACUCCCAAUAAGCAAAAUCUCAUCGCUCGAAUGCCUCUCGAGUCACCUGACACUACCGCCGAGAAGAUUGUCAGGAAAGCCGUCAAAGUUUUGCCUCCUAUUUCUGAGCUCGACUUGGUAUUCGCUAUCAGCUCUGUAGCAAAUCCAGUUGCUAACUUCCCAAAGAUGCUAGACAUCAUCAAGCAAUCGGUGCAGCAAUACGGUCAGGAGAGAAUCCACUUCUAUGUAAUCGUGUUCGGCUCCCGUGCUGAGGUGAAGCUGAGAUUUGAUGCUUCUUUGAGCGACGACCAGGUCAAGAAAAAGAUUAGCGGAAUACGGCCAAAUGAUGACGGCGAUUCCCUGGAUAAGGCACUGGAGCUCGCAAGCGAUGUCUUCGGUGCUGCAAGCGCCAAGAGGCCUGGCGCGAGUAAAACAUUGGUUCUGAUAACCGACCACAGCUCGCGUUUACCUAAAGAUGUCAUCCAGUCCUCGAGACAGGCUCUUGAGAAUGCGAGUGUCAACAUCAUAUCUGCGAUUCUGGGGUACAUUGACGGAGCCGGGGACGCAAUACCAACAAACAUGACAGACAGCGCUCGACGUAUAGCAGAGAAGGUGAUGGACAGAGUUUUGACUGCACGCCCACCUAUUCCGCAAGUCGAUGUCGCAUUUGCCAUCAGCGUAUCCGCCAAUAAUGCAGAAAGGACAUUUGACAGAAUGAAGAUGACUAUUAGCGAGAUUAUCUCCAAAUAUGACACGAGCAGGUUGCGCUAUGCCAUCGUGACCUUUGGACGCAAUCCUGCAACUGUAUUGUACUUCGGAGACACGUUCCAGUCCAAGCAAAAAUUCCUUGAUUACAUUAAAAUACUACCAUCACCCACAAAUGGUGAGCCGAAUUUGAAGAAUGCCUUAAGUGAAGUAAGGAAAGUGUUCGAGCGAGCUCCGCCUCGGCCUAACACCAAAAAAGUCGUUGUGGUGAUAGUGGACAGAGUCCCCAGUGACGCCCCAAGGGAUACGCAGGCUGCCCUCGUACCGAUGGACAAGGAGAAUAUCAAGGUGGUCCCUGUUGUCAUCGGCAAGGGUGUGGAUAUAGACGAGAUCUUGAAAAAAGUCAACAACAAGCAUAAUCUCGUGACAGGACUUGUGACGGAGAAGCCAUCUGCUCUUGGGGAAAAGAUAAUGAAGAAAGUGCUCAAAGAUACGGCCAAGGUAGCAAAAACAGACAUGCUGUUUGCUUUAAGUGCGGGGUCAGGAGACCCGGUCUCCAACUUAGCUCGCAUGAAAAAUACUAUCAAAUCCAUCAUUGACCGUUACGGAAGUACUUCCAUACGAUAUGGAGUGAUAGUGUUUGGCGGAGUCCCUGUCAUAAAGAUGGGAUUCGAAAAAGAAUAUCGCAGUGACUCCGACAUCAAGCGAUAUUUAGACAGCAUAAAUCGUGAAAAACAAGGCUCGUCUUUGCAUAGGUCGUUGGAAGAGGCACGCAAGGUGUUUGUCCAGCAAGGACGGCCAGACGCUCAACACGUCCUGGUCAUCAUGACUGACGGUCAGUCAGAAAGUCUUCCCGACGAGAUCGAGACUGCAAGAAAUCCACUGGAUCAGAUGAAUGUCACCAUAAUACCAGUAGCAUUUGGCGAUGAGAGUGACCCCGCUCAGCUUCGGGUUGCUACAAGCGACGACCGUUACCUGAUAGUGUCAAAGACGACGGUCGAUCCGAGUGAACUGGGACAGCAGAUCAUGGACAGGUUAUCAGCUGAGUCCAAAGUACAAGAGACAGACUUAGCGUUUGUUAUCAGCGCUGCUGGUCCGGAUGCACAGCAGACCUUUUCCAAAAUCAAGCAAAUCAUUGGGUUGGUGAUCUCAAACUACAGCAUUGGCGAUACGCUGUACUCUUUGGUCACCUACGGAGAUCGGCCCGUUACCCAUGUCCAGUUUAAAGACUCCAAGAAAUUCCCAAGCGAUUCUGAGUUGAGGCAGUUUAUCAGGAACAGCGUGUCAAAGCCGUCCGGUGCGGCCGAUUUGUACAAGGCAUUGAUGUCUGCUAGAGAUCUCUUCUCUAAAGAAGCUGGAUCACGAGAAAAGGCUGCUAGAGUCAUGGUGGUUAUAUCGGAUCGCGAGUCCGAUAGCAGCCUGAUGGACGUGAAGGCGGCAGUGAGCGGUCUUAUUCAGGACAACAUCAGAUUAAUCAGUGUCGCCCUUGGUGGCCAAGGCAACGAGAACGAGCUCAAGAGUGUCGCACCUGUCCCAGAUGCGGUAAUAAGUGUCGGGAUAAAUGACAGCUCGAGUAAAGCCGGUGGCGAGAUCGUCAAGCAAGUACAAACAGAACCUGUCCCGAAGAUGAAUAUCGUGUUCGCUAUAAGCAGCAGAGGCAAAGCACGGAGUCAGGCUAUUGACGUGGUUACCCAAAUAGUUAAGAAACACAACCAACUACGAUACUCUGUCAUUCUAUUUGGUGAAACACCUUCAACUAAACUCAGCUUCGGUCAGCGGAUGUACGAUGCUAAUACUUUAAAGGGGUUAAUGACGACAUGGGCGAUGCCGAAGGGAGACCCGGAUGUUGUUGAGGUCAUGGCCGAGGCCAAUCGGCUCUUCACGAAUGCUGAUGUGCAAGGCGCUCGUAAAAUACUGGUGGUUGUCAUGGACAAAAGCUCAAAGAAUAGCAUGGCUGACAUCAGGGGUGCUGCUAAAGACUUGGAAGGGGCUGGUAUCAAAGUCAUACCCGUACUGCUAGGUAGAUUCAAAGACACAGAUGAACAAGAAGCGAUGACUCCAAACAAGGGGUAUAUCGUCACCGCCAAUAACACCGAUAAUCCCAAACAGAUCGGCAACCAGAUUGUCAACAAGGCAAAGAAAGAUCUCCCAAGCGUUCCGGAACUCGACAUGGUGUUCGCGCUCAGUGCCAAUUCCUUGAAUGCUGAUAAGAACUUCAUACGCUUCAAGGACAUCGUUCAGGCAGUAGUACACCAGUACGGUUCAGGGCGGGUGCACUAUGGUCUCGUAGUGUUCGGCCAAUUGCCUGUAGUUUACGCUCGUUUAACUGAAAAUUACUCGGGCCAGCAGUUAAGAGAAUUGUUGAGCACCAUUCCGCGCUCUGUUGGGAGCAGUUUAUCUUCAGCCCUCUAUAAGGCAGAGGAGUUGUUCUUGGAGAGCAUACGACCUGAGGCUAGAAAGGUUUUGGUUGUAUUUAUUGACCGUUCUUCGAGCUCAAACAUCGAUACAGUUAAAGCACGAGCAAGAUCGCUUUGGAGUCGCGGAAUACGUGUCAUUCCUGUCCUGUUCGGUGAAUCAAGUAAAGACGAACUCGAAAGCAUCACAGGUGACAAGCGAAACAUCGUCACUGACAAAGGAAACAAACCGCCUAAGGAUAUAGCAGACAAUAUUGCUAAGAAGUCUGUUGCAGAAAUGAAACCAGUACCGGAAGUGGACAUGGCGUUUGUUAUCAACGCUCGCUCCACAAACUCUGCAAGUAACUUCGAAAAGAUGAAAGACACUGUAAAAGCCAUCAUCGAGGAGUAUGGAUCUCGUCAGAUCAAGUACAGCCUGAUACAAGUGGGAGAUACACCUUCUGUCGAACUUAACUUCAGAAAUACCUUCCCCGGUGAUGACCUACUCAAGAGAUAUAUUUCUGACAUACUGCAAGACUCUGGUGGAUCCGCGCUGGACUUAGCUUUAGAGGAAGCACGAAAGGUAUUUGAUCCAGCCCAAGGUGCACGUCCAAAAGCCAAAAAGGUCUUGGUCAUAAUUACGGACAAGAAGUCGGACAGCACUGUGUCCGAUAUAAAGGCAGUGACCCGUUCACUGCAGGACGAUGGGGUCCGUGUGAUCAUCGUCGCGCUUGGUAGUGAGGUACAACCGUCGGCUUUGAGUAAGAUCAUCCCAAACAAGCAGGACAUUAUCAACAUCACAGACACGGCACAACCCAAGAAGAUCGCAGAGAAAAUAAUAAAAAAUGCAUUUAACGAUUCUAUUAACGCUCCAAAGCUCGACUUGUUGUUCGCUGUCAGCAGCUCGUCUCCCGACGCCGAUCAAACGUUCCAACACAUGCAGGACACGUUACAAUCUGUUGUAGAAACUUACGGUAUGCAUAGUAUUCGCUACGGGCUAGUGGUGUUUGGCUCCGCCCCAGACGUGAAAUUUACCUUCGAUGAAUAUUUUCCAAAUACCGAGGUGCUGAGAGAGCGCAUGCUUACUGCAAACAAUACCGCUGGCAAACCGGAUAUUGUCAAGGUGCUGGAAAAGGCUGUAUUGAUGUUCGCGAGUGCAAGUUCACGUCCCAUGGCUAAAAAAGUGCUGGUGGUAAUGAUUGAUGCAAAGUCUGACAACUCUGCGGAUGAGCUACUGGAGGCGGCCAAACCACUCAAGAAUAAAAAGAUCAAGGUUAUUCCUGUAGCUGUUGGCAGUAAAGCCGUACCAGAUGAGUUGACCACGAUCACAACAGACAAAGGAAACGUCAUAGUAACUAAUACAUCACAGCCUUCUGAGACACUUGUAAACAAGCUUAUCAACAAGGCGCGUACAGAUAAGCGAGAUGUGCCAGUCUUGGAUCUUGGAUUCGUGAUCAGUGCCACCAGCAGAGAUGCAAAAGAUGUUUACGCGAAGAUGAAGGAUGUGAUCAAAAGCUUUAUCAAUAGAUACGGGACCAAGAAUAUUCGCUACUCUCUUAUCACCUUCGGGGAUGACCCUAGAGUUAAAUUAAGCUUCAGCAGUAACCUUGGUAGUGACAGGGAGCUACGCUCGUUCAUUGAUGUCAUACCAAGAACCUCAGAUAGCGGUAGAUCCCUGGAUAAGGCCUUGGAACAGGCUCGUCAACUGUUUACGAGCGAGAGCAGACCAGACGCCAAGAAAGUAUUGGUAGUCAUGCUCGACGGAAAAUCAACUAGCGAUCCUCGAGAGCUUCCAAAGAAAGCAACUGCUCUAGAGAAAGCUAGUGUAACGGUCAUCCCUCUGGUAUUUGAACCGAGUGGUAGUAAGGACGAAAUGGCCCUGAUAACACCAUAUAAAGAUAAUAUCAUUAGCGCUAACAAGUCUUCGGAUCCGAUGGAUGUCGCAGAGCAAAUCCUUGACAAAUCAUUGGCACUCGAACGUAAACCCAGAGUGUUUGAGGUCGACCUUGCCUUUGCAUUGGGAUCCAGUUCCCUCCAGUCCAGUGCAAACUUCGAAAAAAUGAAAGAGCUGGUAACUGAGAUGAUUGAGAAGUAUGGUUCAUACAAGACGCGCUACGGACUGCUUACCUUCGGCGACCGUCCAUCAAUCCGCAUGAAGUUCAACAACAACCCUCCAAGCAACUCCCUUCUGAAGCAAUCAGUCAAGUUUAUUCCAAAGGCAUCGGGAGCUUCCCCUAACUUACAAUUAGCCUUGCAAACAUCUCAAAGUCUGUUUGAGGAAGCUCGGCCGAGCGCUAGGAAGGUGUUAGUGGUAGUGAUGGACUCAAAGUCUGGAAACUCUCCGAAUGAGAUUCUUACAGCAGCAGCAAGCCUCGAGGGCAAUGGUAUUAGGGUUAUCCCUGUGGCUUUGGGAGAUGCGACGGACCAUGCCGAGCUUGAUAACUUAACCCCUAUCACGGACGAUGUCGUUACGGACAACAAAGACUGGCCGAAAGAAACUGCUGAACAACUGAUGAAUAAGAUCCGUGAUGAGAAUGCAUAUAUGCCAGCAAUCGAUCUUGGAUUUGCAAUCAGCGCAUCAUCGUUGGAUAAAGCCAAGACAUUCGAGUUAAUGAAGGAAGUUGUCGGUCAAGUAAUCGCGAAAUACGGUACAACGAGGUUGAGCUACUCCCUAAUCAUCUUCGGGUCAUCACCGACUACAUUCCUUAACUUUGGUCAAAAGUUCCCUGAUCUUGGCAAUCUGCGUCGCUUGAUAGAGUCGCUCCCACCCUCUUUUGGAACCCCGAACUUGAAGGAGGCAUUAAAGGAAGCGAAGACUAUAUUUAACAACGCCCCGAAGCGUUCGAACGUCAAGAAGAUACUAGUUGUAGUGAUGGACAGCGAGUCGUCUAGUGACAUUAAUGACGUCUCUGAAGCCGCCAAAUCCCUGGAACAGCUCAAGAUCCGCGUGAUUCCGGUGCUGAUUGGGCCAGACACCGACAACAAGGAGAUGGAGUCUUUGACUACAAACAAGCACAACCUUAUUCGUGCAACUGGCGACGAGAAACCGAAAGAUCUAAGGGAUGUUAUCAUGCAAACGGUCCUAAAAGAUAUCGUUCCUGUGCCUGAGAUGGACUUGAGCUUCGUACUUAGUGCGACAGCGGUCGACUCCAGCACAACCUUUCGCAAGAUGCGCGACGUCAUCAAGUCCGCCGUGGACUCCCUCGGAAUGGGUCGGGUUCGUUAUAGCAUCAUCACCUUUGGUAACACUCCUGUGGUGUCCUUACCCUUCUCCCGUGGGUUCCCGACAGAGGACGCUCUGAAGCGCUAUGUAGACAGCAUACCAAGGACGGACGGUGCCGUUCUGGAUAAAGCACUCGACAAAACCAUCGAGCUCUUCCGUCAACAGGGCAGGCCCAAUGUUACUAAGGUCGCCGUGGUGAUCAUGGAUAAGACAUCUACAAGUGACAUAGAGGAGAUCCGUAAAAGAGCCAAGCCCCUGGAGGAUCGUGGGAUUAUUGUUAUUCCCGUCUCUCUCGGCCCGGGAGCAAAUAUUGAACAGUUGCUUUCAAUAACCGCUGACCACGACAACUUAAUCGGAGUAAAUGACUCGACUGAUCCAGAAGUCGUCAUGAGGGUAGUGAUGGACAAGAUAGCAAAUCAGAGGCCGAGAAUUCCAAAGAUUGACUUGGGUUUCGCCAUUAGCGCGUCCGCAUCUGGGGCUCCAGAAAACUUCGCUAAGAUGAAGUCUGUCAUUGACAAGAUCAUCGAUAACUACGGCACCACCAAAAUACGUUAUAGCCUGCUGAUCUACGGUAGUACCCCAAGGGUUCACAUCCCCUUCCAGAAAACCCCUCCUACUGCCAGCGACCUGAAAAGGUACGUCCAGGGAGCACCUCUGAACACUCCGCGUGCAUCUCUGGCAAUGGCUUUGGAGACAGGCAAGCAGAUGUUCCUCAACUCAAGAAAUGAUGCUAGUAAAGUCCUCGUGGUCAUUACUGAUAGCAAGUCUGUAAGCAGUAAAAGCGAAGUGGAGGAGGCUGCGGCGCUGCUGGAGAUGGCGGGCAUACGAGUCAUUCCUGUUGGGUUGGGCUUCUUUGAUAAGGAGCUCGAAAUGAUCACUUCAAAUAAGAAGAACUCGUUCCAAGCCGAUCAAAAAGUCAAUCCAGAAACGCUGGGUCAUGUGAUUAUGAAGAAAGUCAUUAACGAUACGCCCAACGUUCCACGGAUGGACCUCGCCUUUGCACUUGGUGCGUCUAGCGUCAAGUCUGCCUCUAACUUCCGCAAGAUGAAGGAGCUUCUGAAAGCCUUGGUGGAUACCUACGGCUCUUUCAGGAUUCGAUACGCUGUUAUGGUGUACGGCGACAGCGCCAAUGUCGAGGUUGAUUUUAAACAAGAGUUCCCAGAUGACAGUUCAUUGAAAACUGCUAUCGACAGCGUAAAAACCCGACCUGGAAACAACCUAACGGAGGCACUCAUAAAAGCCAAGGCUCUGUUCACACGUGACUCCCGUCCGAACGUCAGGAAAGUGCUGGUGGUUAUCACGGACAAGGGGUCAGGGCACGAUGAAGAUGACAUAAAGCUUGCAGCGAAGGCACUGGUAACGAGUGGAGUUCAGGUCAUCCCGGUUGCCUUUGGUCGUUCAGCUGAUGAUGGGGAACUGGUUGCGAUAGCUGGCAAUAAAAAGGAUAUUGUGAAGACAAAAGACGAGGAUGAACCAAUCACUAGCGCCGAGAAGGUUAUGACGACCAUUAUUGAAAAUAAUCCACCUAUCCCAGAUAUAGACCUCGUGCUCGCCAUAAGUGCUACAGCAAGCAACGCCUCCGACAGUUUUCGCCGAAUGCAGGAGAUUCUCAAGGGUAUCGUGGACUCCCUGGGCCGAGGAAAGGUCCAUUACAGUCUACUUACGUAUGCAGAUCGCCCCAUUGUACACUUGCGAUUUGCUCAAAGGUUCGCAAGUGACGAGCAGAUGAAGCUCUUUGUUGACUCCGCUUGGCAGCCUUCUGGAAAACCUGACCUCGCCAAAGCCCUGAAGGAAGUCAACGCCUUGUACGGCAUAGCCGCUGGAGGCAGACCAGACGCUAAGAAAGUCCUGAUCCUAAUAACCGAUAACGACGCAAAUAGCUCGGACGAAAAGACUAAGGCUGCACUGCGUUCGUUGGAGAAGUCAAGCGUCAGGGUGAUAGCUGUACCGCUGUACCAUUCUGUUGACACCACGAGCCUCGAGAAGAUCACUGUAACCAAAGAUGACGUCAUCAAACCAGUUCCAUCGGCGAUGCCUGACACUGUAGUCGACAAGAUCAUUGGUAGAAUUUUGCAAGACACUAAAAUCAUCCCCGAGGUGGACCUCGCUUUUGCCAUUAGCUCCACCAUGUUGGAUUCUGGGGAAUCUUUCUUCACCAUGCGAAACAUCAUCAAGCACAUUAUCUCAAAGUAUGGACGAGUCAAGAUCCGCUAUAGUGUCGUAUCCUUUGGAAGUGACCCGACCACAAUUCUACGCUUUGAUCAGCACUUGUCAAAUAGUGAUGCAGUUCUCAAAUCCAUCGAGAGUUCGCCCCGUCCAACAGGCAAGCCAGAUCUUGUGAAAGCUUUACAAGAAGUUAGGAAGCAAUUCGAGGCUGCUGCCCCAAGACCUGACGCCAAGAGGUUCCUAGUCGUUAUAAUGGACGGGAGAUCUAAAAACACGAAGGAGGAGUUGAUGAAGAGCGUGGUGCCCUUAGAGCGACUCCCGAGUGGGCAUGUCAAGGUCAUUACUGUUCCAAUUCCACCAAACGCGAAUGAGCAAGAGCUCAGUGCUGUCGCCUCUAACAAGGAUAACGUCAUCAAGGCCAUGAUCAAACCCGACCCGCAAGGGCUUGGAGAUAGAGUCAUAGACAAAAUAAUUGAAGAUAAUCCCAUUGUUCCAACGAUGGAUGUCCUUUUUGCAAUCGGAGCAAAGCCUGACACACCCACCUCAACUUUCAACAACAUUAAAGCCAUUGCAAAGAGUGUCGUUUCGACGUACGGCAAGGACAGGAUCGGCUACAGCCUUCUUGUAUACGGGACGACACCGACUGUGCAUAUCAGGUUCAGAGAUGGCUACACCGUGGAACAGCUGGGGAAUUUUAUAGAGCUGCUACAGAGGCCAAACGACUCCCCUGAUGUUGCUGCUGCGUUGCGUGUAGCCUCUGACAUUUUCGACCCGGCUCAGGGCUCUCGCCCAGAAGCCAAGAAGGUGCUUGUAGUGAUAACAGCUGACGAGAGUGGUAGAUCUAGGCAAGACAUCCUUUCCAGCGCCCAAGAUCUCUUCCGUAACUGGAUAAGGGUAAUUGUGGUGGCGCUUAGUGACCGUGCUGCCAACGAGCUGUCAGUGCUUGCACCCGAUAGUAACAACCUUCUGAAAUCCAUGCCUCCAGUGACUCCGGAUAAGACAGUUAAGGCUGUCAUAGAAACUGCAAGCAAAGACUCGUUCCUUGUUGCGCCGGACAUAGAUGUUGCUUUCCUCAUGAGUGCCUUUUCGAAAGAUGCUUCUUCCCAUUACAAGUUGAUGAAGAACGCCGUCAACACAAUCAUCAGCAGAUAUGGGACCAAAAGCCUCAGGUAUGCCGUGAUCGUGUAUGGUAGUAGCGCUGUGACCGCCUUCAAUUUCGACUUCGUCUUCCCUGAUAUACAACGCUACACGGAGGUCCUGGAUGGAAUUAAACUCCCGUCUGGUAUGCCAAAUACUAGUGCUGCUUUGACUGAAGCAAGCACACUAUUCGAGACCUCAGGCCGGCCCAGCGCCAUGCGGGCCCUUGUAUUCCUUACCGACAAGUAUCCAACAGGUGUUCCUGACAUUGUGAAAAUGUCCGCGAGGGAUCUGGCUUUCGAUGAUGUGGUGGUGAUAUCGGUGGCUAUAGGUAUUGAAGCUGACGCCACUCAGCUAAGUCAGCUGUCUCCAUAUAAGGAUUUGGUGGUCGUCGCUACCGGGCAGGAGACCCCUAAAGAUUUGGCGAGAGAAAUUAUGAAAAAAGUGACCCAAGACCAUAUCAAGAUCGUCAAAACGGACCUAGUGUUCGUAAUUAACACUCAGGCCAGCAACCCAGCCACUAACUUCAAUAAGAUCCGAGAUGCUAUCAAGACCAUUGUGGAUACAUAUGAGCGAGCAGAAAUGCAGUUUGGUGUUGUCCUAUAUGGUAACACAGCACAGAACUACCUUAGAUUCCGAGACCGUUUCCCUAACAAUGGAAUCCUAAUGCAGACCUUAGACCAAAUGAGGCCCACCUCGGGCUCCCUGGCACUCUCCGAUGCCCUGCACAAAGCCGAUGAAAUGUUUAGUAGCUCUUCCGCUCGCAGAGACGCUCGUAAGGUUGUCGUCUUAAUAACAGAUGCGCGGACAGCAAGCAACAAGAAACCGAUUGAAAAUGUCCUUGAAAUGUUGAGAGAGAAGAGUGUGCAUGUCAUUCCUGUUGCCCUUGGAACAGUAGCGCUGGCAGAUCUUGAUGAGGAUAUAGAAAGCGAGGAUGUUGUACAGGUGGACCCGAGUGAGAAGCACGGCAAAAUCGCCUCCAUCAUCAUGGGUAACGUCACAAGCGAUACUCACAAGGUUCAGCGUGUGGAUGUCGUGUUUGUGCUUAGCUUUUCGGCAGCAAAGAGUCGCCAGAAUCUAGAAUUGACGAAGUCCACUUUGCAUAGCAUUGCAAGGGAGUACGGAACGAAAAAGCUGCACUAUGCGCUCAAGGUUUUCGACCAAGACAAAAUAGUGUUUUCCGAGAACUUCGCAAACUCUCCUUACAUCAUAGACUCGUUGAAAAGUGUUGGCCUCGUCUCUAGGGGCAGGCUAGACAUCGUGAAAGCCCUUGAGAGCGCUAAAGGGGUGUUCAGACCGGAAAGUGGGUAUCGUCAAGGAGCUUACAAGAUAGUAGUUGUACUGACGGACCAGCCAUCAGUGAAUACGCAAGACGCCUUGUUCCGUAAAGCACAAGAGCUAAAUGACGUCAAGAUUAAAAUCAUCCCAGUCAUUAUCGGUGACGAGGUCGCUAAAGCUGACCUAGUGUCAAUUGCUCCAGAAAAGACUGGUGAUCUCGUGGUGACGGUCAGAGGUCAAGAGAGACCAAGAAAACGCUCGCGAAAGCUACUGGAUGCCAUUGCAAUGGCUUUAACAGACCCAUGCCUAAAGAUCAGCUGCAAGUUCCACAGUCGCUGUGUAAAAUCGUCUGGAGGAUCUGCGAACUGCGUCUGCCCAUCAGACUGCUCUCAUACCUAUUCACCCGUCUGCGGAGGUGAUAAGACCACUUACAUCAACAACUGCACAAGAAUUGCUGCCGCGUGUAACAUGAAGAAAGAUAUACCUUUCAACGUUAACGGACCAUGUGUUGUGUGCAACAACUCCCUUACCGUCGUCUUUGUUGUCGGAGGCCGCAAUUUCACCGCCAAGAAAUCAUUCAUAAAGGCUGUUAUAGACAACUUUAAAGUCGGCGAGGCGGCCCUUAAGCUGUCUCUAGUUUUUUACGAUGACAAACAUGCAUCUAUUAGUCUACCGUUUGACGGCACCCUGGAUAGGAUAUCUCUGAAGAAUUUGAUUGAUUUGGUCACUGAGGGAGAUAUAGGAAACCGGUAUAGCCGUGGUAUGACCAAAGCACUAGAAGUGAUCACACAAGACCAGAGAGACAAUGUCAAGGCUGUGGUGGUGCUAUCAGAUGCCAUUGAUCCAUCAGACACUGCAGUUGUCCUGGCCUCACUCAGCCUCACAAAGGAAAAUGUCAAGAUAUUUGCUAUUAGUGUUGGCAGCAGCAAUGUGGAGGCACAGAUGGCAAGAGCCGUUUCGCAGGCAAACUUUUUGCACUCGGUAGACAGCUUUACCAAACUCACCAAACUCGUCCCUUCGGUAUCUGCCCAACUCUGCAAGGCCUCCGAGCUUCUCGUUAAAAAGAAAACAGACAUUGCUUUCCUGAUCUCGGCGACCGGGCCCUCCGCACGGCAAUCCCAUAGUCACAUUGUGUCAUCUAUUGCCAGCAUCAUCGAGAAGUACGGGUUCAACAGGAUCCGAUACGCUUUUAUCGAGUUUAACGACUAUAGUUACCCCAGAGUACGCUUCACCCAGAGAUUCAACGAGCCCAGCCAGCUCAUCGCCUUCAUCAAAGCCAUGCCUCCACUUAACUUUGGUCAGCCAAACAUUGAGCGUGGUUUAUAUAGCGCUGGUGAAGUAUUCCAGUUUGGCUCAGAUCCUAGCUCACGCAAGGUUCUGGUAGUGAUGGUAGAUCGCAGCUCGACUGAGGACAUGGAUGAAGUGGCUCGCAAGGCGAAGGAGCUAGAAAAGCAGGGGAUCACAAUAAUUGCAAUUGCUCUUGGCUCUACAGCAGAUCCAGAUCAACUGGGCAAGAUCGCGACAAGCCCUAAAAACCUGAUUGAAAAACCAGACGUACAGGAUCCAAAAGAAACGGCAGACAAGAUUAUGGACAAGGUCUUACAAGACCCUUGCAAAAAUGUUGAGUGUAAGUUCAAGGCCAGAUGCGUCGGUCUUCCGGACGGUUCAGCAGUCUGCGAGUGUAACACAGAGUGCCCUUCUGAAGCCAGUCCGGUCUGUGGCCAGGACGGCCGGACAUACUCAUCAACGUGUGCCAUGGACGCACGUGCAUGCCAGGCCCAGACCUCUAUAGCUGUUAAACAUCCCGGUCUCUGCCGUAAGGUUUUGGAUGUGGGUUUCCUGGUGGGAAUCCCCGACGGUGAUGCUGACGUAUACUUGCCCGUAAUGAAGAACAUAGUCAAAGACCUUGCAGCACAAUUGAACCUUCUCGACGUGCGCAUCGGUCUUGUCGAUUACAGCGGCCCUGCUGAGGUGCGCAUGCGCUUUAAUGAGAAUUUGGAGUCCUUGACUGGCCCAUUGUUCAGCAAACGCGUCGACGCUUUGAUCAAAGCAAGCGGGGGAUCCCUGCCUGGCGGACUUCGAAAGGCUCGAAUGGACCUCUUUUCUCUUGCUGGCGGCGACAGGCCCUUUGUGGAAGAUACACUUAUCGUUUUAAGUACGGGCGAUUUUAGCCAAGUGUCGCCAGAUGUCCAAAGAGAAGUUCAAUUGCUAAGAGACAGGUCGAUUAAAGUAAUUCCUAUCGGUGUGGAUUCACCUGACGUUAGCAAGAUGAAGAGCAUCGCGUCUGCCGAUGACCUCGUGGUGCUGCCACGCCCUGGUCAGGAGUCUGAGGAUGUACGCAAAGUGCCGUUCAUACUCACGCAAGAGCACACCAGCUGUCGCGAUGUCAAAUUCUCUGGUAGCUCAAGCCCUGGCCACUAUCUGAUCUACGGCAGCAAGAUAUGCAAAACUCCGCUGCGUCUAUACUGCCAUUUUAUGGACAGCGAUGAGCCUAAAGAAUAUCUCACGCUCACCACCGGUGCCGAUAAUAACUUCGCCUUGAUUCACGACGAGCGUCUGCGCGACCGGUACCAAUGCAGCGGUGAUGUUCUGAAAGAGCCAUAUGCAGAGAGUGGAAGGACAAGGUUCAAUAAAGUUCGGUUAGACGUCGAGAAAUUGACCAUUUUGACUAGUGAUUUCACGUUCGCUCGUUCGGACCCACGAGGCAAGCAGAUCCCUUACGGCACAGCGGGGGAUUGCUACUCGGUCAGCCAGGAGAACUGCCGCAAGGGUAGCUUUAAGAUUGAUCUGUGGGGCACGGGCAUUAGGAUAAGAGAAGACGUCACGUGGAUCCACCAGGGAUUCCCUAAGAACCUACGAAUACAAGAUUUCAACCGGACCGACGAUGGACUGAUCGUGGCAGGGAAGUGUGGUGGAUACUGUGGCCGAUGCAGGCCUAUCGAUGGCAACAUUCCUGUGGAUCUGAUCUGUCCUGUACCAGCUGCUUGUGCUAUCCCGAUGGAGAUGAUAUUUGCUCUGGACGGCUCCAACCAAGUGUCUCUUGAAGACUUUGAAAAGCAGAAGAAAUUCAUCACCGGACUGAUCGACGCCUUUAAAAUCUCCCCAUCUCACACUCGCGUGGCUGUGUUGCUGCACAGCACUGGCACCGAGAGCGUUAUCAACUUGGAAAACUUCGAUGACGCCGCGCCACUCAAGGAAAAAAUCAGCAAGCUACAACAUUCGCUCAGGCCAGCCAGCGGUAUUCGCGUGAGCAGUAUGCUCACUUCAGCUGCGCGUAUCUUCAGCCCCGGUAGAUUCGUGAGGGUUGGUGUGCGCAGAGUCCUUAUCGCGAUCAUUAAUGGACCUAUCCCAGAAAAUAUUGCACCUACCGCGCGAGUGCUAAAGAACUCUCGUAUCCAAGUGUUUGCGCUGGGUGUAGGGCUGUACUCUCCUCUUGAUAAGUUAAAGCAGAUUUCGACUGCUGAUGAGGACGCCUUCAGACUCGACAGUUUUAAUGAGUUGCGAGGUCUUGGGGUGACACUAGCUACCAAUGUUUGUAAAGACCCCUGUUUUGCUGUAGUGUGUGCGAACCACGCCCAUUGCGUCACACUCUCGGACGGCCGUACAACAUGUGUCUGCCCGUCAGCGAUAGACUGUCCGGGUGUCCCGUCCCCGGUUUGUGGUACGGACGGGAAGACUUACAAUAACGACUGCCUUCUCCGCGCAACCGCUUGUCAUAACGGUUCUAACAUACAGGUGGCGGGUCUUGGGCAAUGUGGCCCUUGUGCAUCUCUGCGUUGUAGGUCGCCCUCCCGCUGUCAGGUUAUUAAAGGCAAGCCUCAGUGCGUGUGCCGGGACGUUCGCGAGUGCCCAUCAAGCAUGGACCCCGUCUGUAGCACAACAGGCGAGACCUUUAUCACAAAGUGCCACAUGGAAGUCGAGGCUUGCACGGAGUCACGGAGCAUGAUGGUAGCCAGGAGGGGAGAAUGUGACCCUUGUUCGCGAGUGAAAUGCAAGGAAGACCGUCACUGCGUGGUAGACAUGGACAUGAAGCCCAAGUGCAUAUGUCCGUCCGAGAGUGAAUGUCCACUGACCGUAGAUACCGUUUGCGGAACCGACAAGAGCUCUUACCUGAACGAGUGUGUUAUGAAGGCUCGCGCUUGUCGCAAAGAGAAAUCAGUGACUGUGGCUCACAGGGGCUUCUGCGGCGCAUGCAGCCUUGCCAAACCCUGCGAGCAUCGCGCCAAGUGCAUAUCCAACACGGACGGGACACUGACGUGCACAUGCCGCAAAGAAGAGAACUGUCCAGGAAGAGCAGACUAUGUGUGUGGAAGCGACGGCAACUCGUACUUUACCGAGUGUCAUAUGGAUGCCACGGCGUGCCGGGAGUCAAGAGAUAUCACCGUCAAACACAAAGGACCAUGUGGUUCGUGCUCCCCUGGCUCUUGCAAGUUUUACGGCGUAUGUGUCGGUGUAGAGGAUGGUUCUAUGAAGUGUGUGUGCCCAAAGCCCGAGGAGUGUCCGUAUGUAAACGCGCCCGUUUGCGGGACAGACGACAGAACUUACCCCAGCGAGUGCAUAAUGAAGACAAGUGCAUGCGCAGACAAAAAGGCCGUCCGUGUGAAGCACGCUGGCGAGUGUGGCCCAUGUGGGACUCUAGUGUGUACAAAUGGCAAGAAUUGUGUGACGUCGCACCAAGGUCUGACCAGGCAGGCAGUCUGUGCAUGCCCGCGAUUCGAAGACUGCCCACGAGACUUCAGACCAGUGUGUGGCUCGGACCUGCGUACAUACGUGAACCUGUGCCGACUGCAGGUGGAGGUGUGCCAGACGGGACGCGCCGUGACGGUCCUGAGGCAAGGGGCCUGUGAUCCUUGCUCGGUUUCGAAGUGUAAGUAUAACUCCGAGUGUGUAAAGCGUGCUGAUGGCUCUACGACCUGUCAAUGUCCGACCGACCGUUGUCCCAAGGAAGCAAGUCCCGUGUGUGGCUCGGACGGGAAAACUUACGAAAAUGAAUGCAAGCUACGUGUAGAGAGUUGCAAGGCCAAUCAAAACGUCCGAAUCAUAUCAAGAACUAAAUGCAACGCUUGUACCCUUUCCACUUGUAACCUCGUCUAUGGAACUUGCUCGGCCAGCUCUGCGAACGCUUCGUGUAUCUGUCCUACCAACUGCCCGUCUGACUGGGACCCAGUGUGCGGCGAUGACGGCGUCACUUACCAGAACUUGUGCCACCUGCUCCGAGAGGCGUGUACCUCCGGCAGGAUCAUCCGCCGACUGUACCGAGGAGUGUGUGACGCGUGUGCGGCGAAAAAGUGCCGUUACUAUGGCCAGUGCCGCGUAGGCAGCGAUGGGAUAGCUGAGUGCGCAUGCCCACUAUCGUGCCCAUCCACCGCAGACCCAGUCUGCGCCAGCGAUGGCAGAACUUACCAAAAUGAGUGCUUAGCGAAGAAAUACGCAUGUGAGAAAAAGCGCGACCUCACAUUUACACGGGGAAAAUGCGGUCUAAUAACCACUCCUUGCUCGGCGCGUAUAUGCCGCUAUCAUGCAAAGUGCCAGUAUACAGGCUCCUCCCUAGAGUGCCGCUGCCCAAGCGAGAGCGACUGCCUCCCUGCUGCAAAGGUCUGCGGCUAUGAUGGCAAAGUAAUGAAGACUUACCAAAGCCAGUGUCACAUGGAGGCUGAGGGGUGCAGGAUGGCUAAAGACCUUCAACUUAUCAGACUGGGCAGCUGCGAACCCUGUAAAGGCGUCAGUUGUCCAUAUUACGGUACGUGCGUGGCAUCGCUUGAUGGUAACCAAACUUGCACGUGCCCUACGGAGGAGUCAUGCAGUCGGAGAGUUCGGUUGGUAUGUGGUACGGACGGCAGGAGCUACCUGAACGAAUGCAUCCUUAAGGCCACUGCGUGUAGGAGGAAAGAGGACAUUAGACCGGACAGGCAGGGGUACUGUGAUGUAUGUCACCUCGUGUCCUGUCCCGUGGGUACGACGUGCUUAUCUAAGCGUGGUGGGCAGUAUGAGUGCCGGUGUCCGACAUCCUCAUCCGAGUGCCCGUCUGGCGGGGCCAGUGUGUGUGGCACAGACGGCGAAACUUACGAGAACAUAUGUAAGCUUGUCGCUAAGGCAUGCGAUCAAACGCGCCUUGGCUCCCUACCUCUGGUCCAGCUGGCACAGAAAGGGGAAUGUGAUUCAUGUGAGCACGUUGAUUGCUCUGGAAACCUGGUAUGCAAGCUGGAGAACUCCAAGGCUGUGUGCACAUGCCCAGAUGUAGCAUCUUGUGACAAGACGCCUGACCCUGUGUGUGGCACAGACAACAAGGAAUACUCCAACGAGUGCCUGUUGAACGUAGCGGCAUGCGCGGCAAACAUUCAUCUGCGAGUUCUUAACAAAGGACCUUGUGGUGGCGGGUGCGCUUUGUACAAAUGCCAUCAGUUCGCGACUUGCAACGAAGCUCCGGACAAGACCCCAAUCUGCGUGUGCCCGGACAAGGAGAAAUGCCCAUCAGAGUUGCGUCCGGUCUGUGCUAGUGAUGGUCGAACGUAUGUCAAUGAGUGUGUGAUGCGGGCCUUGGCAUGUAGCCGAAAGGAAUCGGUCAACAAAACGAAGGAUGGCGCCUGUGACCCGUGCCAGUUGGUGUCGUGUAGGUUCUAUAGCAAGUGUCAGCGCCGUCGAGGUGGUGCCCAGUGUGUGUGCCCACAAACCAGUGAGUGCCCCGUGGCUUCAAGUUUCGUAUGCGGGUCUAAUGGAAAGACUUACACUAACGAGUGUCUGCUCAAGGUCGACUCCUGCGCCGAGCAGAAGGAGAUUAGCGUCAAGCACAAAGGAGCCUGUGACGCCUGCUCCAACCACGUCUGCGAAGAAUAUGAGGAUUGUCGAAUUGAGGGCGGGAAGCCUGUGUGCCGUUGCCCCGUGUGCCCUGACACGGGUCCGCCUGUCUGCGCAAGCGACAAGAAGACCUAUCAGAGCGAAUGCCACAUGAAGGAAGAGGCGUGCACCGAGAAGAAGUCGCUUCACGUGCUCAAGGGCGGCCCCUGUGAUCCGUGUGCGUUCAAGAGAUGCUUUGCUGAGCAGACUUGCGUCAUAAGUAACGGUAAAGCAGAAUGCGUUUGUCCGACUGUGGACCAGUGUCCGUCAGGUUCGACUGUGUGCGCUAGUGAUGGCAAGACUUACGCUAGCGAGUGUCACGUUAAAGUCCGGAAUUGUGGGCGAUAUCCAAAGCUAAGGGUUAUCUUCGAGGGUGAAUGCGGUCAGAUAGCCGAUCCAUGCUCUACUGUUCAAUGCCCUAAUAACGGGCGAUGUGACGCGUCGUCUGGGUCUCCCGUGUGUCUAUGCCCGCGUCUGGAGGACUGUAGCGAUUUGAACACUCCCGUCUGUGGUAGCGACAAGGUCUCUUACAGAAACAAGUGCUACAUGAUCGCCCUCAACUGCCCAAAGAACAAAUAUGUCUACGUCAAGCACGAGGGAUAUUGCGCUCCUUGUAGGCUGGCAGAGUGUCACAAAGUAUACGCCAAAUGUGUGACGACUCUGUAUCAGACAGCCCGCUGUGUUUGCCCCACGCUGCAAGAGUGCGCCGCGAGGAAGGGAGCCGUCUGCGCCAGUGAUAUGAAAACUUACCAAUCUGAAUGCCACAUGAGGGUCGAGGCUUGCCGUGCUAACAAGGCGCUUCAGGUCGUGCGAAGGGGACAAUGCGCAAACUGUGCGUCGGUCAAGUGUGAGUUCUAUGGGCGGUGCGUGGAGAGUGCAGGCGUGACCAAGUGUGUGUGUCCCAGGUCUCAGGAGUGUAGUGAUGUUAUUGAGCCUGUCUGUGGCUCAGACGGCAAAGACUACCGUAGCAGGUGCUUCCUAGAGGUGACCUCCUGCGCACUCAAGAUCAAAAUUACACUAAAAAACAACGGACUCUGCGACCGGGGAGACUCUGUCGGGUUUAGGACUGGUUCAGGUUAUGUAAAGUACGCCAGUUUGUCAAACUCAAUAGACAACUUCAAUAUCGUGAUGGACUUGAGACCCCUUAGCUGGACCGGGAUCCUAUUCUACACAGCAGAGAGACCAGCUGGCGAUGCUGACUACACAUUCGUCCUCCUUAAACGGGGAAGAGCAAUCUUUAGCUAUAAUCUCGGUAAUGGUCCACUAUUACUGGAAAGCUCGAACUCGAUCAACUUGAGGCAGUGGAACACGCUUCGUGCUAUGCGAAGUGGUCGAUACGGACGGCUGGUCUUAAACGGAGUCGAGGUGUCUGGCUCCUCACCACCAAGUCUCAGCAAACUUAACGUCGAUCUGCCUAUGUUUCUCGGCGGAGUCCCAUUCGACGUACCUCAAAGGCUUAUCUCCCUUAUGGGGACCAAGGCAGGUCUCAUCGGUUGCAUCCGGGGUUUACGUAUCAAUGAUCGCGUGAUGGAUGUAAAGAUGCCGCCUAGGAUGUCGGGUUUCGGUCCUGUGGAGGUGACGAUGGACGCCGUGCAGAUGUGCACUAAUGACUUGUGCCUGAUGGAUGACUGUCUCAAUGGCGGGACAUGCACCCCUGACAAUUUGGCUAAGACUGUCAAGUGCCGCUGCGUCAAAGGCUUCUCUGGAGAUCGUUGUCAGGACAGACUCGAGAUCCCGCACCUGUCAAGCGGUUCCUAUAUCGGUUACCGUGGUUACCUGGCGCUGUCCGGUGCGCGCAGUCUCGACAAGGUAACAAGCAGUGAGGGAAUGACACUCGAGGUGAUCCCUGAGGCUGCUAAUGGCGUCAUCAUGUACACUGGAUCGGCAGCUAGGACGGACUUCGCCUCGCUAGCCAUGAAGGAUGGAAAGCUGGAAUACAGGUAUAAUACGGGUCAAGGCGUUAUCAAGGUGGCCUCAGAUACUGCCCUUCCCCUGAAUAAGCCAAUUGCGAUACAGAUCGCACGUGAUGGUCUUCGUGUUGUUUUGACGGUGAACGGGAAGCGCUUCACGACUAUCAGGGAACCAGGAUCGUGGACUGGGCUCGACUUACUCGACUCGCCUCUCUACCUAGGCGUCAGCCAGUCAGAGGCCAACCUACAAACCCGAGUAGGUGUUUCUACAAGUUUCGUCGGGUGCAUACGGGACUUUAGAGUUGAAGAUCCUGACCUGCGCCUUCGAGCCGCGUCAUUCGACCAGUUGACUGUUAACCAAGUGAGAAGAUGUGGGUGUCGAGAUGGAGGCUGUGCAAACGGGGGCGUGUGCACGAAGAGAAUAAAAGACUACCGGUGUGAGUGCCGUACAGGAUUCACUGGAUCCAGAUGCGAGUUAGCAAGUUGUGGUAAGCUCGCUUUGGAUGUCGGGAUUGCUAUUGACGGAUCUAAUAGUGUAGACGCGAAAGAAUACCGUGACGUGCAGGACUUUAUCAUCGACUUGAUCAAGGUUUUUGAGAUAUCUGCUGAGGGUGCUCAUGUAGGGAUCCUUGAAUAUGGCAAAGAGUCAGUCGUUAAGAUCGGUUUUAACGACUAUUACAACAGCUCUCAACUUAUAGAUGCCGUGAAUAACCUUGCCCAGGCACGCUACAAGGAUACCAUGAUAGACGAAGGGCUCCGUGUCUCGUACGAGCUGUUCAACCCCGCUGCAGGUCACGGUGCACGGGGUGCGUCAGUCCAGAAAAUCUUCAUUUUCCUGACAGACGGGCGAAACACUGGCUCCUCCGAGCUGCUACAGAAGUACGCUGCACAAAUCAAUUCUCUGCCCAACAUCAAGACGAUAGCUGUCGGCGUAGGGCGCGUACGGCAAAGCGAGCUGCUCGCAAUAGCCGGCAACCAGCAAAGGAAUGUCUUCGUGGCUGACUCGUUCAGUCAGCUGGGCCAGAUUCUAACUAAAAUCCGCCCUGCAGUCGACUGCUGAGAAUAUGUGCUGCCGAGAGCUUCCAUACAUGGCGGUAUAGACUUGAGCAGACAAUCCUAUUGUUUCGCUAGAUACUAGAGUAUUUCAAGCACUAAGUGAUUUAUAAAAUCUCUUUAUAAAGACUGUAAAUUUA